AUGGGCCUCCGGUAUUCUGUCAAUCUCGAAAAUGUGGAUGUCCACACUGCUCCCCUCCUGGAGAGUUCUCACUCCUAUAGGUCUCAUGGUCGGUUCAGCAAGCCUGAAACUGCAGUUACCUACGCAUGUCAGUACUGUUUGACUCAUCUGACAGUUUCUGGAAUGGUCUUGAGUGACCAAUAUCGCGGCAAGACUGGCGAUGCUUUCUUGGUUCAUAAUGUCGUAAAUGUCAUCAACGGAAAGAAGGAGUUUAGACAAAUGACUACGGGAGCAUAUACAGUGUGUGAUAUCCUCUGCCACCAGUGCCAUAGUGUUGUUGGCUGGAAGUAUCUCAAGAGCAAUGAAAAAGACAUGAAAUUCAAGGAAGGCAAGUAUAUUCUGGAGGUGAACACGAUAUGCUCGUUGGACUGA